GAGCGCGGAGCCCGGCUGCCGGGGCGCGUGGUCUAGGGGCUGCCCGGGAGUGCGGCCGCAGGACAUCAGCCCAGGACGCCCCCCGAACGAAGGGCACGUGGGCCCGCGAAGAUGCAGCUGACACCAGCCCUGCCAAGCCACGCGCGGACGCAGCGCCCGAGACCGCCGCCAUGGCGUCGCAGGCCUCCAACACCGCCAUGGCCACCUCCUUAGCGAGACGGCGUCCAGCGCGCAGGCGCAGCCGCGGAGCGCCCGCCCAGGGGCGGGGCCAGGAGCCGGAAGUGCCCCGCGCCGCGGGCCUUCCCGGGAAACCCGCCGGCCGGAAGAGCCCGGAUGUCCCGCCCCCAAGCGGAACCCCAGGUUGCUGGGCAACCGGCGCGGGCGCCGCGGGCUGGUCCUGCGGAGCCUGGGGCCGGCCGAGUGUCGUUCUCGCUGCGCGUCCGGGCAGCCUCCCGUCCCGCCCGCUUCCCUGGUCUCUGCCCUUCGCCGCGUCGCCCAGCCCCUGCCCUUGGCACUACUUACACGUCUCCAGCUCCCACGACGCCUUAGCGCCCACCUGCUUCAAAGCCAAGCUCCACCGAAGGCGGGGCAGUCCCACGCCGGACAUGGCCUCCACGGUGACUGACCGGAGCUCUCGGGCCAUGGGCACCUACACCUACACCAGCCGGCCCCGGGCCCUGCCGUGCCAGCGCCGCCGCUACCGGGACAAACUCCUACAGCCAGACGAAGAGCCUCUGCCCUACGGGAACAUAAUGUACGACAGGAGGGUGAUCCGGGGCAACACGUACGCCCUGCAGCCAGGGCCGCCGCCUGGACAGCCAGAUCCUAUGGAGAUGCAGAGGCAGCAGGAGGUUAAGAGGAAAGCUUUGGCCAGAAAACGAGCCCAGGAGCAGCUGAGACCACAGACGCCAGAGCCCGUGAAAGGCAGGAAGCACGUGGACGUGCAGACAGAAUUAUACCUUGAAGAAAUCGCUGACCGCAUAAUAGAAGUUGACAUGGAAUGCCAGACAGAUGCGUUUCUGGACAGACCACCGACACCACUCUUUAUUCCUGCCAAAAGUGGCACAGAUGUGGCCACCCAGAUACUACAGGGAGAGCUCUUUGACUUCGACCUUGAAGUGAAGCCAAUGCUAGAAGUCUUGGUGGGAAAAACCAUCGAGCAGGCUCUUCUGGAAGUGAUGGAGGAGGAGGAGCUGGCUAACCUGCGCGCUGGGCAGUACGCCUAUGAGGAGAUCCGGAACAUCGAGCUGGCCGAGGUUCAGCGGCUGGAGGAGCAGGAGAGACGGCACCGGGAGGAGAAGGAGCGGCGCAAGCAGCAGCAGUGGGAGAUAGUCCACAAGCACAAUGAGACCGCCCAGAAGAUCUCCGCCCGCGCCUUCGCGCAGCGCUACCUGGCCGACCUCCUCCCGUCUGUGUUUGGCAGCCUCAGGGACAGUGGCUACUUUUACGACCCCAUCGAGAGAGAUAUCGAGUUAGGAUUUCUCCCAUGGGUAAUGAAUGAAGUGGAAAAAACCAUGGAGUACAGCAUGGUGGGAAGAACGGUGCUUGACAUGCUCAUCCGUGAGGUGGUGGAGAGGAGGCUGGACAUGUAUGACCAGAAGGAGGCCAGGCACUCGUCCCUGAAAUCCGAGGACGAGCUCGGCGACCCGGAAGCCGCAAGAGAUCCGCUGGGCUAUGACUUCCAGGAGGCCAGCGCAGCCCGGGCCCAGCAGCUGUUUUCAGAGGAGGAGCCGUCCCAGGAAAGGCAGCCGCUGGAGGACGGAGAGCACGUGGUGCCCACCGAGCAGACGGAGAUGAGGAAGUCCUCGGGGAAGGAAGAGCUGUCCCAGCUGCCGGGGGCCGCGGAGCCGUGAAACCCUAGCGGCUGCGUCGGCAGUGCGGACCACCAGGUACACCCGAGCCGAGGCCCCUCGGGAUCAGCAGGUUAGGUUUCAUUCAGUCAGCACGGCUCGAGGGCAAAUGACAAGUGACAAAAUGACAAAGCUAAUAAAAAGGACACGUUUGAUUCA